UAUAAGGGACUGAAAGGAAGAAUUCUCGAAGACUUGACUCGAAUGGAUAAACUGAUGUGAUGUCUCAACGUGAAAUUGAAGGAUUGCACCGAAGUGAAUCAAUUAGUGACGGCAAAAGAAGCACCCAUAUGUCUAAUUCGACUGUGUGUUUGGUUGAGACGAAACACUGACUUAAUGGUGUCGAAAUCAAUAGUUGGAUUGCAACAAAGUAGUGGAAUUCCCCCCUGAGGGGGUGACAAUUGAGGAACACUACAGUGGAUUCGUCACGCUGUAUGUGAUCGAGUGGGAAAAAAAAGAGUUGGAAUACACGUCGAUCGCGCGCUGGCCUAUGGAAGAAGGGUUCAUGUGAAUCGAUCGGCCUCUGCUGCCUGGUGCGCUGCUCGUCGUAUCAACAACAUUCAGUAGUGGAGCAAGACCAGCAACAAUUGUGUGUGGAAACGGAUUUGCCGAAGAAGAGCAAAAGGUUUAAUUAGUGAGAAGUGUCUGUUGUGUGGUUUGGAAGGAAAGAAGAAUAUUUUCGUAUUGACGCUGGUGGAGUAGCAGAAGAACAUCUUAUAGAUUGGAUAGAAGGAUGAGGUUCCAGAGAACGUGGUUGUUGGUGGCCGGAGCGGCCGUGCUCCUGGCGUGUUCCACCGAGGCACAACAACAACAGCGCCGACUAAGGGUGCGACCACGAGUAAUACAACCGGAGCAGAACAGUGCCGAACUGGACAGUGCUGAAGAACAGGACAACCGUCCGCAACAAGCCGUGCAGUACUACCGCGCUCAGCCUCGUGAAGAUGAAGACCCACGACAGCUUGUUUUGGUGGCUAGCGAAGAGGACUACAACGGACAAUAUGGAGCUCCAACUCCACGGGCACGUGCUGAUAAUUACCGACAAGCCGUGAAAGUCACCACAGCUGCCCCCGUUGCGGCUCGCCAAAAGGUCCCAGAGACCAGAGCCCCACCAGUACAGACCAUUCGCAACUACAACAAAGUGAAUGACGAUGGAUCUUUCACAUUCGGCUACGAAGCAGCUGAUGGCUCCUUCAAGGAAGAAACCCGUGGAACCGAUUGCGUGGUCCGAGGCAAGUACGGUUACAUCGACCCAGACGGUAACAAACGUGAGUUCACCUACGUAUCUGGAAACCCAUGCGAUCCUAACAACCCCGAAGGCAGCGAAGAGGAUGAAGAGAAAUCCGAGGAAGAAUCCAACGAAAACAUUCCCCAGAACUACCCCAGAAGACCACUCGCUCCUCGUCCAACUCGACCAGCCCCAGUCCCAACCACUCCUCGCCCAACGACCACCGUCUUCCAAAACAACUACAACUCUGGAUAUAACCAGGAAGAAUCCGAAGAGGAGGUUCAAAUCGGACAACGUGCUCGCCCAGCUGCCCGUCCAUUCGCUAAUCAACAGCCACAAACCGUAACCCAGCGUCCACGAGUUCAGAUCGUCAGCACUACUCCCAAUACCAUCUAUCACACCCCAACCCAGUCCGUUCCUGUGAACAUCACUCCAAAACCAAUCUACCGACUACCUGCUCAGAAUACUCUCCAGACCCAGCCACCGCCAACGACCUACCGCCCAGACACCACCACUGCCACCGGAUUCUUCACCACCACCAAGGCCAACACCCUCCUAGGAGGCACCCGUCAACCAUUGGACUUCGACGCCGAGUUCAAGAAAUUCCAACAGGAAAACAAAGUCGCAUCAACCACUCCCUCCAAACCAUUCCCAUCGUCCACCCCGAAACAGUCCACCAAUAACCCCAUCUACCAGACGCAGCUCGUCUACGACCCACAAACCGGACAGUACGACACCGCCCUGUACCAGCAGCUUCCCCAGAGCAACGGUGACUUCCAGCUGAACCACCGCAUCCAGCCAUACGUCCACAACCCAGUCCAGCACCAACAGCCCCAGCUGGUCUCGCUGGAUCAACUCCAACAGCAGAGCCCCCUAUACCGCUCCCAACCACAGCCGGCCCCGGCUCAGGUCCAAAUCCCUCAGCAGAUCUACCAGAAGCAGCAGAACGAACUCCAGUUCAUCAACAGCCAGCAGCUGUUCGCCCAGCAGCUCGAGCUCCAGCAGAACCAACUGCGCAACGAUCGGUUGGAGGCCGCCAAGAAAGGCACCGGGCCACAGCAGCACCGCUACCAGGCUUCCUCUCCGCAGGUCCACCGAGUCCCGCAGCCGCAGCAGCAGCAGUACUACUUCAUCCAGCCUCAGCAAAGCCACGCCAGCGGACAGAUCGAUGCCUUCCUGAGGGGACACAACAUCCAGUACUGAGUCUUCCGACUCAAACCCCACCCACACCCGCAGAUCCCCAUAAACCAUCCCGUCAAUCCUCACUCAUACACACAUUAGAACUUAGAGAGUUUUGUGUUUUGUCUAGUUGUUUAGUCUGCGAAGCGAAGCCAUCUAUUAUUUUUGUGUCGUGUUAAGGUUUAAUUUAAUUGCUGAGUUUCUGUUCUGUCACCUUUACCCCCUCUGUCCGAUCCCGUUUAUCCCGUCCGUUUCAUCCAGAGACAUCGUUAUAAGACUUAAUACUAUUUAACCUGUUAAGCUGCUGAAGUGUAGAACGUAUCUAGGACUCAAACUGUUCUUAUUAUUGCUGUAAGGAAGGGUAGACGUUCGAAAAACAAGAAGAAGAAGAACAAGCAAAAUGUUUUUAUAAUUAUUAUAUUCGAUAGGAAGUUCGUGUACAUAGGAUGAAGAUUCAAAAGGAGAUUUAUAAGUUGGACAUCGUUUCGAUAGACAAAAAGUAUCAAGCGUAAUCCAUCGUCUUUUAUUUCGAAAUUGAUUAGACAAAAACAUGGAGAAAAAAAUCGCCAUUUCAGUUGUCCGACAGUUUGACUACUGUCAGUCUAUUAACUUGGAAUAAGUGCGAGCAAUGAAUAUUACCAUUCUGCAUAGUUUGACGGUGGAACGAAUGGUGUGACCCGACCGGUGGGCACUUCCUCCCCUCUAACUCUAUUCAUUAUUAGGUUUACUGUGUAAUACGAGUACGACGAGUUCAAUGCCAAUAAAGUGAAGUAAAUAAAGUGAACGUAAAAUUUAAA